CGGCGGCGGCGGCUCCGCGGGGGCGCAGCGCGGGCGGGGCGGCCCCGAGGUGCGGGAGCUGCCGGGCCGCGGCCCCGCUCCGCCCCGGCUCGGCCCAGCGGCCAGCACGCCGCCGCCGCCGCCGCCGAGCAGCGGCAGCAGCCUCGGGACGAGCAGGAGGAAGAGGAGGAGGAGGAGGAGGAAGGUGCCGGCUCUCCCGCUCGCCGCCGCCGCCGCCGCUGCUCCGGCAUGAGCGCGGCUUUCCAGCCCUCGCUGAUGAUGAUGCAGCGCCCGCUGGGAAGCAGCACGGCCUUCAGCAUCGACUCUCUGAUCGGCAGCCCCCCGCCGCCCGCCCCCGGGCACUUCGUGUACACCGGCUACCCCAUGUUCAUGCCCUACCGGCCCGUGGUGCUGCCGCCGCCGCCGCCGCCGCCGCCCGCGCUGCCGCCCGCGCUGCCGCCCGCGCACCCGCAGCACCACCCGCUGCCCAGCCUGCCCUCCGGCUUCUGCUCCAGCCUGGCGCAGGGCAUGGCGCUCACCUCCACGCUCAUGGCCACGCUGCCCGGCACCUUCCCCGCGUCCCCGCAGCACCAGGAGGCCGCCAGGAAGUUCGCGCCGCCGCCGGGCAACUUCGAGAAAGCCGAGGGCAUCCCCCCGGACGGCGGAGGCGACGACGGAAAAGCUUUCCUGGGCAAGGACGGAGCGCUGCUGCCCUUCCCCGCCGCCGACGCCGUGCAGGCUUCCCUCGCCGGGGCUCUCCGCGGCCAGGGCAAGGAGGACGCCAAGGCGGAGGAGGAGGCGAAAGGCAAGGAGGAAAGUUUCUCCAUGGACAGCGAUCUCGAUUACAGCUCGGACGACAACAUCGCGGGGCAGGCGGCUCACAAGGAGGAGGACUCGGGCGCGGCGCUGGAGGAGAGCCCGCAGAGCGCGCCCAGCUCCGGCAGCACCACGGCCACGGGCAAGAACCGGCGGCGGCGAACGGCCUUCACCAGCGAGCAGCUGCUGGAGCUGGAGAAGGAGUUCCACUGCAAAAAGUACCUGUCGCUCACCGAGCGCUCCCAGAUCGCGCACGCCCUCAAACUCAGCGAGGUGCAGGUGAAAAUCUGGUUCCAGAACAGGCGGGCCAAGUGGAAACGGGUCAAGGCGGGCAACGCCAACUCCAAGACGGGGGAGCCCUCGCGGAACCCCAAGAUCGUGGUGCCCAUCCCGGUGCACGUCAGCAGGUUCGCCAUCAGGAGUCAGCACCAGCAGCUGGAGCAAGCCCGACCCUGAUCGCUCUCCAUCCCUCCCUCCCUCCCGCGCUCCGUUUUUCACGGGAAAAGUUCCCAAACCCGGGGUUUGAAGGCGACCCGCCCGCAUAAAAACAAAAACGAGAGGAGCAGAAAAAAAUAAAACCAAACCAAAACAAACCCACAAAACCCAACAACAACAAAAACGCACCGCCAAAAACAGCACGAAAAAAUAAGAACCCCGCGUUGUGAGCGCCCGGCGAGUCGAGUCCCCAGCACGGGCGAACUUUAAAGCGAAACUUUGCGCUCGCCGCGAGGGGAAAAGGCUCGGGAAAUGUUUGGGAAAUGUCGGAGCGGGGAUAUCCCGGCGGGAAGAGGCGCACAGAGCCCUCCCUGCCCCAGAACAGAGAUAUUUAUUAUUGCCAGGCCGCCCUCGGAUCCCCCGGCCGGAGCGUCCCCAGCGAGCCCCGCCGCGCCUUUUGCCACCUUUGGGGUUUUCUUUCUUAUUCGGGGGCGAAAGGUAAAAAAACAUAAACAAAAACAAACCGACAAAAAGACGAGAGAACAAACAGACAAACAAAAAAAAAAAAAAGCCGAAAGAAAACUCAGAGUUUCAUUUCAUGCCUUUUUUAUUGUUUGGUUUUAUUGCCGAUGGCUGAGUGGCAGGCACUGGGGAAUGAGUUUUUAAAAUCUUUUCUUUUUUUCUCUUUUUUUUUCUUUUUUUUUUUUUUUUUGCCUGGCUUUCUGUCGAUUUGGUUUGCCUAUUCUACCAAGUCAUGUUUAAAGGAGAGAAGGGGAGGGAGGGUGGGAAAAAGGCAAAAAAAAAAAAAAAAAAAGAAAAGAGAGAGAAAAAAAAAAAAGCAGCACGAUCUUCACUAUUGUGUUUAAUUUAUUUCAAUGUAGCUUAUUUCCUUAUAAGUUAUGAAAUUUAAAAGCAAACUAAGUCUUGUGAAUAAAAACCGACAAAGAAACAAAAAAAGACUUUAAAGGGAAAAAAAAAAAAAAACAA